AUGACAACUAAACGGUAAGUUUAUUACCCAAUUAGACUUGAUUUUUGGGGGUUUCAAGGGGAAAAAAGAUGGUUUUCCUUUGGCUUGAAGCUUUUUUGCAUCAAAAAUAUAGUCUAGGAGAAGUAAAGGAUGUAUUUGAAUAUGGGAAAUCGCCUUUAUUCUCGGUAUAAAUCCUCCUAAUUAAACUUUUUCAGCACCGUCCUUGUUGCUUUCACAGUCUUCUCGAUGAUCUCCCAAGUAAUUUCCCAAGAAUCCCAGCCCUCUCUUCCUUUGAUGGGUCCAAGCUCGGCGGCCGUAAGUUAAUUCCCAAUCAAACCAUAAUCUUUUUUCUCAGUUCCCUCUACGCAACAGUUACGUUCCUCAGGCAGUCUCAUUCGCCUCUCCAGCCUACGUCUUUGCCAGUUAUUCUUCGGGCGGAUAUCGGCUUCAAGGUCAAGUCGAAGACGACUCCGAUGACAAAGAGGACGAAAAACGCCGCAAGUUCAUGGUUUAUCGACGAUUCCAUUGA